CCGCAUUGUACAUUCUAGGGAUGUACUCCAACGAGUCCAUCGCACUACUUACUCCAACUCUGCCCCAACAUCCAAACAUUAAAUCGAUUGCCCUUCCAAAGUCAACCACCCUCAAAGCCAAUUACCUCCCCAAUACAUAGCCCUCGCAGACCUCCCCCAUCAUGGGCUCAAUAUCCCCAGACCUCGACAUACCAAAUCUCACAAUUUCAAGUUUCCACCACGCCCUCUCCACCGGGACAACGACCUGCACCGACCUCGUCACCAUCUACCUGUCCCGCAUAACCCAGUACGACCGUACCCUCAAAUCCAUAAUCCACAUCAACAGCCACGCCCUGCAAACCGCACACCAGAAAGAUCUGCAAACCCAAUCCCUGCUAAAAAGCAAUGUCCCCCUCCCACCCCUCCACGGGGUCCCCGUCAUCCUCAAGGAUAACUUUACAACGAUCGAUACACCCACAACCGCAGGCGUCGCGGCCCUGAACGCCCUGCACACGACGACGGAUAGUCCCGUCGUGGCACGGCUCAGGGCUGCCGGUGCGAUUAUCCUCGCCAAGACUAAUUUGCAUGAAUUCGCGCUGCAGGGGACGACGGUCUCGUCGGUGGGUGGGCAGACGGUCAAUCCGUGGGAUGGGAGCCGGACGCCCGGUGGAUCGUCUGGGGGCACAGCCGUAGCGGUGGCGUGUGGGUUUGGGCUUGUUGGGUGUGGGAGUGAUACGGUGAAUUCGUUGAGGUCGCCUGCGUCCGCGUGUGGGGUUGUCGGGUUCAGACCCUCGUGGGGACGGGUGUGUACUGAGGGGAUUGUGCCGGUUAGUUCUGUGCAGGACGUCGUUGGGCCGAUGGGGAGGUGUGUCGGGGAUGUGCGGACUGUUUUCGACGUGAUGAAGAGCGCGGGGAAGGUAGAGAGCGAGAAGGUCCGGGAUGGACAUGCGAGAACGAUCCGGAUCGGUAUUCUGGAUGCGUAUUUCGGGCUUGACGAGGCCCCCGGGGAUCUAUCCGACGAAGUUAUUCGGGAAAAUGCGGUUGUGCGGGGGAUCAUCAACGAGGCGUUGACUGCUAUCAAGACCCAAGCUGGUGCGGACGUGGAAUUGGUUCAUAUCGAUCCUGCUAGUCAUCCGGACUGGUCUUUUGCAACGCUCCAUUCUACGGCUGAUACACAGAUCUACGAGUUCCAAGAACGACUCGAUGCGUUCCUACAAUUACCGAGUGUCAUGUCACCGUAUCGCUCGCUACGAGAUAUCGCGGAAAGCGGGCAGUAUGAUCGAAAGGCCGUGACGGAGGUAUUUACUGCGCCGCUGGAAGAUCCGGAGACGUUUGCGCUGGAUAGUCCCGGGUACCGGACUCGAUUAGAGACGGUUUCGGUGUUGAAGGAGUCGGUGAGGGAGGUGUUUGAGGGGAAUGCGGUUGAUGCGUUGGUUUAUCCGCAUCAGAGGCAGUUUGUUGUUCAGAUUGGGGCGAGGGAACAACCGAGGAGGAAUGGAAUUCUUGCGGCUUUGACGGGGAGGCCUGCUAUCUGUAUUCCUGGUGAGUUUGGAGUUUGGAGUUUGGAGUUUGGAGUUUCUAGGAGGAGGAACUUGUGGAAGAACGGUGCUAAUAUCGGGUUUCAAGCUGGGUUGAGUGCUCCGACUUCUUCGGCGGCGCAGGGUGUGCCGGUUGGAUUAGAGUUAAUGGGGAGAGUUGAUGGUGAUGAGGAGUUGUUGGAUCUGGCACAGAGAAUUGAGGGUAUUCUUCAACAGGGUAAGGUCCCAGAUAUGAAUUGGAUCAAGGAAGCUAUCUAGGGUGAUUAUGCCCUUGACCAUUUAAUGUCCUUGGAUGUGGGACGGUGGACAGCAGACUUACGUUAGGGAUAUAGUGUAUCGAGGGUUAGUAACUCGUUUAUAGUAGGCAAGGAUAGAUCCCUCUAAGAGAUGAAAAGAGUUUAGUAACGAAACGGGAAACAUUUUGUACGUCU